AUGCUUGCCGCGACGUCGUUCGGGUGGGUGGCCAAGCAGAUCGACCUGCUGACGGGCGACAAGGCUCGAAGUGCGGUGAGCAUCGAGAACAUCAAGGCAAAGGGUUUGAAGUCGCUCCGUGAUAGCAUGGUCGAGUACAUCUGCAAACGCGUCGCCGAAAAACGAUCUGCGGCGCUGACUUCAGGAGCCGUUGGAACCGCCGACAGUGCGAUUGAUGACGACGGCGCGGAAAGUCAUACGGCGCCCCAGGCAGCAGCUGCCGACCAGCACCAGGUGGACUUGCCGGUGUUCGGAGGAGGCGACGCCGCGGCAGGUGCAGGAGGAGGAGGAGGCGACGCCGCGGCAGGUGCAGGAAGGAAGGUUCAAGAUUCGGAGUCGUCGGAUUCGGACUCAGAGUCGAAGUCGGAGGGGGAGGAGGAGGACGAGGCGGCGAAAGAGAAGAAGGUCGAGGAGGAUCACGAAGAGGAGGAGGAGGAGGAGGACGAGGACGACAACGAUGAGGUGGUGGAGGUUGAGGAAGGGAAGGAUGAGGCGGAGAACGACGAGGAGGGGGUGGAGGCCGAGGUGCAGUACGAGCUGCAGUACGAAGACGGUACGGUUGUGGCGUUGGGGUCGGCGGAUGAAAAGAAUGAGGAAGCGGAGGAUGGCGAUGCGGGUAAUGCUACAAGGUCGGCAGAAGAUGGGGGGAAGGAGAAGGAUGAGGUCGGCGCGGAGGCAACGACGGAACACGACCAGGAGGAGGCGGCAUGCGAAGGUGGGAAGGUGUCGGUCGACGCCGGCCAAGGGGCGAACAUCACGGGCAUGGAGGAAGCAACUGGUCGGCAGGGCCCUGAACAGGUCGACGUCGAAGAACUGCUGCGGGAGAACUUCCUGUUGAGGGCGGAGAACGCUCGGCUGAAGGCGUUGCUCGAUGAGGAGCAGGCUCGGCUGGACGGGUUUUUUGUUGGGUUACGUGGACUCGUCGACCACCUUAAAGAGUUGGCCGAUCAGAUCGACGACACCGACAAGUUUGCGGCGCACCAGCUGCGAAACGCGACGGCGGACAUGUCGAAGACCAUCACGGGCAACAUCACCGGAGCUUCGACGAAGCGUGGAAGACGAUGA